AUGAAAUCUUUCUACACCUUGGCCUUGUGCCUCGGUGCCCUCUUCGAUGGCACCACUGCUAUUCCACCUGAGGAGCAAGGGCAAAUGCCUGGCAAGUUCGCCGCUGCUCCUCCUGUAGGAUCUAAUCCCAUUGAUCGUAAGGGAUGGACUGUUCGAUGCUCCAGCCAGGCAUCAAACCACCCCUGUGGCAAUGCUAUUGAUGGUAGCAAGGACACCUUCUGGCAGACUCCCUAUGGAACAACCAACACACCACCACCUCACUCAAUCGUCAUUGAUAUGAAGCAGACUCAGUAUGUCAGUGGUCUGCAAAUCACGCCUCGCCAGGAUGGCAACACUCGUAACUGGAUUGGCCGUCAUGAAGUCUACCUUAGCUCUGAUGGUUCUAACUGGGGCUCUCCUGUUGCCUUCGGAACAUACUGGGGAGAUAAAUACCCCGUCAUCACAAACUUUGAGACAAAGCCUGCUCGAUACCUUCGAUUUGUCGCUCUUUCUAACGUAAACAGCGACAAUCCUUGGAUUGCCAUCGCCGACUUUGUUGUCUACAAUGCCCUCAAGUACAACCCUCCCAAGAACGGCGUUGGCAAGUGGGGACCUACUCUCGACUUUCCUGUCAUUCCUGUCGCCGGUGCCGUCGAGCCUGUAUCUGGAAAGGUUGUCAUCUGGUCUGCUUACCGAUAUGAUGCUUUCCAGGGUACCAACCCCCGUGGUGGCUUCACUCUGACCUCUAUCUGGGAUCCCAAGACCAACGUCAUCUCUAACCGAAAUGUCACCAACAACAAGCACGACAUGUUCUGUCCCGGUAUUUCCAUGGAUGGAGAAGGACAAAUUGUUGUUACUGGUGGCAACGAUGCCAAGAAGACAACCAUCCUCAACCCUAACGGCGAGUGGGUUCCUGGUCCUGACAUGCAGAUUGCUCGUGGUUAUCAGUCAUCUGCUACCACUUCUGACGGACGUGUCUUCACUAUCGGUGGCUCAUGGAGUGGUCCCCGUGGCGGAAAGAACGGCGAGAUCUACGACCCCAAGGCUAGAACCUGGACUUCUCUUCCCAAGUGCCUUGUUGGUCCUAUGCUUACCAAGGAUAAGGAGGGUGUCUACAAGGCUGACAACCACGCUUGGCUCUUUGGCUGGAAGAAGGGCAGUGUUUUCCAGGCUGGACCCAGCACAGCCAUGAACUGGUACUACACCGCCCGAGGAACUCAAGGUGAUACCAAGGCUGCUGGAACACGACGCAAGAACGGGCGAGUCGACCCUGACUCAAUGAACGGUAACUGUGUCAUGUACGAUGCCCUCGAUGGCAAGAUUCUCACCUACGGAGGUGCCACUAGCUACCAGAAAGCUCCUGCUACUGCUAACGCUCAUGUCCUUGCUAUUGCCGAGCCAGGAGCUGUUGCUCAGACAUACCUUGUCGGAAACAAUGGCGCUGGUAACUACGCUCGUGUCUUCCACACUUCUGUUGUCCUCCCUGAUGGUAACGUCUUCAUCACCGGUGGACAAUCAUACUCCAACCCUUUCACCGACACCAACGCUCAGCUCACCCCUGAGAUGUACAUUCCUACCACCCACGAGUUCAAGACUCAACAGCCCAACACCAUCCCCCGAACCUACCACAGUAUGUCUCUGCUGCUGCCAGACGCUACUGUGUUCAACGGUGGUGGUGGCCUCUGCGGCAGCUGCAGCAGCAACCACUUUGACGCUCAGAUCUACACUCCCCAGUACCUUCUCGAUGGCAACGGCAACCUUGCUACCCGCCCCAAGAUCACUGCUGUCUCAGCCAACACUGCCAAGAUCGGCAGCACCAUCACAGUUACCGCUAACAGCGCCAUCAAGAGUGCCUCUUUGAUCCGUUACGGCACUGCCACACACACUGUCAACACUGAUCAGCGACGCAUUCCCUUGGCGCUGACAGGAGCUGGCACCAACAAGUACUCGUUCAAGAUCCCCAACGACUCUGGUAUUGCGCUACCAGGAUACUGGAUGCUUUUCGUCCUCAACAAUGCUGGAGUGCCCAGUGUUGCUAGCACGAUUAAGGUGACAGUUUGA